GGCGCCAAUGCCUCGGCAUUAGAGAAAGAGAUUGGUCCAGAACAGUUUCCAGUCAAUGAGCACUAUUUUGGAUUAGUCAAUUUUGGGAAUACCUGCUACUGCAAUUCAGUUCUUCAAGCACUUUAUUUUUGUCGUCCAUUUCGGGAAAAAGUUCUAGCAUACAAGAGUCAACCUAGGAAGAAGGAGAACCUUCUUACCUGCUUAGCGGAUCUGUUCCAUAGCAUAGCCACCCAGAAGAAAAAGGUUGGAGUAAUACCUCCCAAGAAGUUCAUAACAAGAUUACGGAAAGAAAAUGAGCUUUUUGACAACUAUAUGCAGCAAGAUGCCCAUGAGUUUUUAAAUUACCUACUAAAUACAAUUGCUGAUAUUUUACAAGAAGAGAGAAAGCAGGAAAAACAAAAUGGCCGUCUCCCGAAUGGUAACAUUGACAGUGAAAACAACAACAGCACACCAGACCCAACAUGGGUUCAUGAGAUUUUUCAGGGAACAUUAACUAAUGAAACCAGAUGUCUUACAUGUGAAACUAUAAGCAGCAAAGAUGAAGAUUUUUUAGACCUUUCUGUUGAUGUGGAACAAAAUACAUCAAUUACUCACUGUUUAAGGGGUUUUAGCAACACAGAAACUCUAUGCAGUGAAUAUAAAUACUACUGUGAAGAAUGUCGCAGCAAACAGGAAGCACACAAGCGGAUGAAAGUUAAAAAGCUGCCCAUGAUUCUAGCUCUACACCUGAAGAGAUUUAAAUAUAUGGAUCAACUUCAUCGAUAUACAAAACUUUCUUACCGGGUAGUUUUUCCUUUAGAACUUCGUCUUUUUAACACUUCAGGCGAUGCAACCAAUCCUGACAGAAUGUAUGACCUUGUUGCUGUUGUGGUUCACUGUGGAAGUGGUCCUAAUAGAGGCCAUUACAUCGCAAUAGUUAAGAGUCAUGACUUUUGGUUGUUGUUUGAUGACGAUAUUGUAGAAAAAAUAGAUGCACAAGCUAUUGAAGAAUUCUACGGGUUGACAUCAGAUAUCUCAAAGAACUCUGAGUCUGGUUACAUCCUUUUCUAUCAGUCUCGAGACUGAGGGGAACUGCGAUGAAGAGACUUCUGCCUCAUUUCUUCUUUGGUUAUUAUGGAAAGGAUCAAGCACUAAUUUUUCAAGAAAAGAGAAAUGCAGGAAGCUCAGGGGGCAGUGGCACACUUUGCACACAAUAAAGCAAAGACUAUGGAUUAACAAGCUCUUCCUAUUAUGGUAGUUGAUUUAUUUGCUCAGGUAUCAUGCUGUCUGUGCAGUUCCAUUCAACAAGGAAGUGACAUCAGAGAUAGCAGCUCCUCCUGUAAAGCAGCCUUCUGGUGAAUUUUAAACUCUAUUUAAAUUAGUAAGAUACCGUAAGAAAAAUUGCAAUGAGAUGAGGUAAAUAUUCUUUUUCAGGAGGAACUGAUAUCUCUGGCUAAAUAUUUUUCUUUUGUUAUAGUUUAUAAGUCAGUUAUUUUAUUCAGCUUUAAUUUCAGUAAAAUAAGAAACUAUAAAAAAUUCCCUAUAGUUGUUGGGAUGAUAAAAGACAUUCUGGUGCAGUGAUGGUAUACCAGUCUUUAGAAUUCGUAAAUACUCUAAUGUUUCCAAUUAAGGCCAUGUUUGGAAGAUUCAUGUCAUAGCAGUUAUAUUAUUUUCCAGAGUCAUUCUUUACCUUGGAAAGAAGGAAUCAUUCAUCAUAACCCCAGUAGCUAGCGGAAAAAACCUUUGAAAAUUAACUUUUAAUUAAGUCGACCAGGAAUACACAAACAUGUCCUUUUCUCCAUCCACCUUUACAAAUCUUACUGGGAGAGUGUUUGGAAAUUAACUUUGUUAAGACUCCCUUCUGUUAGGAGUUUUAAGAAGUAAUGUAUGUAAUUAAAAUAAGUAAAUUUUUGCAAUUGACACUUUUUCAUGCAUCAGUAAGUUCUCUGACAAUGGCCAAAUGUCACUUGUGGGAAGUAUUUGAAUUUAUAUUCAAAAUAAUAGCAAUCAAGCCUUGGCUAUUAUUUAUCAGAGUCUUUUCAGGCAGUAAUUUUUUUAAUUGCUGUAAUUUUCUAAACUUAUUUUAUUAAUACUAUUGAAUACGAAAAACAAAAAAGAAUCCUUUUGUCUGCUGCUAUUAUUAACAUUUAUUAUCUGUAUCUUUUAGCUCAGGAAAUGACUUCACCUAUUCAUUCCAUGAACAUAUCUUUAACAGGGUCACUUAGUUAAUUGGGUUGUUUAACAGAUGUGCUGGGAGAAAAUUAUGAGGUAUUUUGAUAAAUUACUUUUUAAGGUAUAGUUUCUGAAGCCUAAUCUUGGCUGGAAUUGUUCUGUACAAAUCACAUAGCCUGGCUGAUUUACCAGCAUUGCACAGAGAAUCACAACCGAGAAUGUGGAGAAGGCCAUAGCAGUGGAACUGGAUACAUUUUUUAUUUUGAGGGCUUAAACCAAAUUGUCUUGGAUUUUAAAGUGGUGUUUCUGUGGUUUUCAGCACAGAGAAGGUGAGUAAAGUGAAGCUGAGUCAGUUUUUAUGUGAGUCAGGCCACGGCAUGUAUAAGAAAGAUAGAUGAAGUCAUUUGCAUAAAGGUACAGCGUUGAAAUACUUUGUUUUCACAUUGUGCAUUUUAAAAACAGUAAAAGCUAAGGUUAAAUUUCAUAUUAAAGCAAAUGAUAGCAUUCUUGUUGAGUUCCAUGGUAGUCAUACACUGUUCACAUCUAUACUGCAUUUAAUAGUACUGGUAUGAUUUGUCAGGGUAGGGACUGUGGGAUGAUGGUUCUCAAUUUACUUUUUACUCUUAGUGCAGCUGCAUCUAAGUAGAAUGUUUGCAAGCUUAUCAGAAACUCAACAUACUUUAAAAACAUAUAGGGUUAGGUUUGGGGGGGAAAUGCAGAUAUAGUAAGAAAAGUGACCCAUAUAGACAGCGUUGUGAGGUUGUCUGUUGGUUGACUGUGGUUGAAAUGAAGGGUAGGCUUCAGUUGUAAAUGAUGGCUGAUUGCUGUCUAUGUACAUGAUUGUUGGGAAUGGCUGUUCUGUUCCAUAUUUUGUAUAUUGGAAUAAAAUUUCUAUAAAUUAUAAUAACUAAAAGAAAAUAUUCUAAAUUAAGUCUCACUUCGAAGUCAUAUGGCUUCUGUCUUGGCAACUUUAUCUUUAGAAGAUUACUUAAGACAGGAGCCAUGCAACUUCCAGAAGGAAAAGAAAAUGUGUAAUAUAUGGAUCUUGUUGUCUCUAACCAUCAGUAUAGGGUUUUUCUUUCCUUGAUGGCAGUAGAAAGAUCUCAUUUUCAUAACAUACUUCUCUUGAUACUUUCUUUAAAGAUACUUUUCAUUAAAGAUUCUCUCAUGAGGUAUUUAACUGGGAGCUGGGAGGCUAAGGCGCUCAGGUCCUGGCUCUUCAGUGAAUUUAACUGUGUGACCUUGGGCAAGUCACUUAACCUCUCUGUGCUUCAGUCUCCCUAUCUUGUAAAAUGGGAGUAAUACCUACCUCACAGGGUUGUUGUGGGGAUUAAUUAGAUAAAAUGUCUGUAAAGCAUCUAAGGUUCUUGAAGAAGACGCUAUACAAAAUAAUAUCUAUUAAAGUUGUUUUAUUUGUG